AUGUCUGAGAGUAGAAGAAGAGUUGAGGUUGGCCGGCGAUCGGUAAGUGCUAAGGCAGAAAAGAUGCCAGUUGGUCUUGUGGAAGGAUUUUGGCGGCAAGUGCGGUUAUGGCAACGGGAGAUGAUUCAUGUUCGUUUGUUUUUAAAACGAGCCACUAAGCCAAGUAAGCGAGAGUAUGUGCAGUUAGUAAGAGCACAUGCUACAGGAGUGUUGUUAUUGGGGUUCUUGGGGUAUGUUAUUACUUUUAUUCACAUUCCAAUUAAUAAUAUCCUUUUUGGGGUUAAGAGAUAA